ACGGACACUGUCCACGGCCGUGCGGCGUCGACCUGACCCGGCAGCUUGGAACCAAUGCCAUCCCUGGAAUCCAGCGAAACCGUUCCGUCGUGGUUCGCGCAAAGACCUUGGCAAAAAAACAAGUGCGGCUAACUGUUGGGCUCAGCAGAGUUUGUCUCUGUCAACCACGGAUGUCCUUGUUCACUCGAUCUUAUUCCCCGGUCAUACGAGGCGGUGAGGUCGAUUGUACGGAGGAUGUUGAAAAAACCUCUCCGGGGUGGGCUCCAUCUCUGCCCGAUCGCAGCGCCACGAGGUUCUGUCAGAGAAAUCGGUCAUCUGACCAAAAGCUCCGGAGGUGUGCCACACCCACUUUUGUCUUGGCUCUUCCAGCUUCAGGGCAGCACCGUUUGCCCGACAGGCCAGCCUGGCGAGGGCAUUGGUCCAUCGAUCCACAACAUCUCCGGCGCCCCAGCCUUCGAAAGCUUCUAGAAGGCCACGAUGCCUGCCCAAACGGAGUACCAUUCAAACACCACCACGACCACCAUCACACCGCCGGUUUACCGCCCGGUAUCGGAAUUAUCUUAUCCCUGGAAUGUCGCAGGGCCUUGGGAGGAAGGAAGCGGCGGCUGGAACCCGUGACAGAAUGCCCGAGCCCGCGUUCCCAAACUGCCGGCGGAAUACAAAGCGGUGUGUUACAAGUACCCUCUCCGUUCGAAAGAACGUAUAGAGAUGCAGCUGACGCGGUACCGUACAUGCUGCGGCAUGCUGUGCGUCAAUCCCAGCUGAAAGAUGAUUCGAUAACCACGUUGCCGGGCUCAGGCAUGGGCGUCAUCCACAGCCUUAUUGUUCCAGUCCCCACCGGCACGAGCUUACCACAAUAAUAAACUCAUCUGCGGUCAGCAGGCACAGGUGGGCAGUGCAGGGACACCGGGGGGCCCCGCUUGUCCCUCGUGUCCGCUCUUCUGUUCUCGG